GCAGCCGGGGCGGCCCCUUCCGGCGGUGGCGAGGAUGGCGGCGGAGAACCACUGUGAGUUCCCGGUGCCCCCGUCAGGCGGCCUGGGCGCGGGCGGGCCCUGCCGCCGCUGCAGCUCGGCGCCGCUGCCCGGCGCGGGGCCCGGCAAGUGGGUCCGGCUGAAUGUGGGGGGCACCUGCUUCCUGACCACUCGACAGACGCUCUGCAGGGACCCCAAGUCCUUCCUGUUCCGUCUCUGUCAGGCCGACCCCGAUCUGGAYUCGGACAAGGAUGAAACAGGUGCCUAUUUAAUAGACAGAGACCCAACCUACUUUGGGCCAGUGCUGAACUAUCUCAGACAUGGGAAACUGGUUAUUAACAAGGACCUAGCUGAGGAAGGUGUACUGGAAGAGGCUGAAUUCUACAAUAUCACAUCUCUAAUAAAACUGGUAAAGGACAAAAUAAGAGAAAGAGACAGCAAAAUCUCACAGGUGCCCGUCAAACAUGUAUACAGAGUGCUGCAGUGUCAGGAAGAGGAACUCACUCAAAUGGUUUCCACAAUGUCUGAUGGCUGGAAAUUUGAACAGCUGGUCAGUAUUGGUUCUUCCUAUAACUAUGGCAAUGAAGAUCAGGCUGAAUUUCUGUGUGUUGUCUCAAAGGAAUUGCAUAACACUCCUUAUGGCACAACCAGUGAACCCAGYGAAAAAGCAAAGAUUUUGCAAGAACGAGGUUCCAGGAUGUGAAGACAGUAUUGAACGGUGACAAUUUUUUUUCUGUUAUUCGAAGAUGCAGUGAAUUGUCACACUGAAGAGGCCUGGCUGCAAAAGAAAAAAUCUGAUUUAGACAAUUUUCUGUUGAUCUGGGUUCAACCAUAUUUGCCUAUAAGCUGGUGUCAGCUUCUGGAAGCAUUGCAAGAUUACAUAAUGGGAAUAGAUGGUGUGGGAGUGUGUGUUAAGUUUUGGAUGUAGUGCAUGGUUGUACUCUCUUGUUGGCUGAUUGACACUGGUCAUUUGAAAAGAAAUGACCAUGCACUCAUAUUUUCCUCGGAGACAUGUAGCACUUGAUGUCCGGUGCUGGAUGACCCAAUGUUGAUCAGUUUGGAGACAUUUUCCUAUUAAUCAUUGUAAACCUUAAAAGGACAAUGUAAUUGGUGCUACACACACACACACACACACACACACACAAACACACACACAAACACACACACACACACUCACACACAAAUGUUACAGCCCACAAAUGCAAGUAUUUGGGCAUACAUUGUUUCAGAAUCAGUGUCAGCCCCAGUUGACUGUAUUAUACUGCACAUUCCUUAUGGCUCUGUGACAUAAUCUGUUAUGUAAUAACAGCCUAGGAGAUCAACUGAAACUAGCAUGUGUAAAACUUACACAACAGAGAAAAGGUUUCUCUGAAGGGUGUAUAUAUUGACUGGAUGUAUAGCUUAUUUUAAUGCCCAAAGGGAAGACUAAACUCAGAGAAARUGGCCUUCAUCUGAGUUAUUCUUGAUGUUCCUUCUGUUAAAACAGUCUCCUGCAAAAGUWAUGCUCCAGUCCUGGUCAGAUGCUUGAAAGGGGAAUCAAAAUUCACUUAAAAUGACCAACUGAACAUUCUGUUUCUUUGGAGAUGUUUGUACUCAUAUGUGUGUUUAUGCUUUUAUAAAAUGCCUAUAAGCAUUGAACUGUGUGGAUUAGGUUAGAGAUUUUUCUAGAGCUGAAGGUUUUACAGAAAUAUGGCUGGCUAGUCCUAGGUCCCAGUCUCUAUGACUGGGAUUAAAAUCAACCUUAGUGUGAACAUAAAUUCAUCCAGUUGAAAAACCUGAUUACUUUGGACAUUCAGGAACCUGUAAUCAACCUUUCUCUYUCUAUACAGUUUCAACUAUGCAGUUAAGAACAGUGUUUGAAAGAAUGUGGUGCAGCUUUAUUCAUUUGUCCUUGAUGAAGGCUAAUACACAAGACUGGAGCUUUCUAAUACACUAUGUUUUGAGCAAAAUCUUCAGCACAUCUUUAAAACACUUAAUGAAAUGGACAGUAUAAAACUUGGCUUCACUGACUUACGGAACCAGUGGAAGGGAGUUUCAAAAAGCUACAAGAUGGUUUUAAAUUCUAAAGACAUUAAAGUUCAUUCUUAGUAAUUUGAGAAUUUAUGCAUAUACUGUAGGUAAUCCUUUACACAAAAGCCUGAUUUUCAAAUACCCAGGGUCUACUUUUUUUUUUUUAAAGACUUACACAUUGGUAGAAGUUUGGCAAAACAAUUUGUAAAAAACAUUUCUACUAAGCAGGUUAAGCAAUGGGCUAAAUGUUUUGUCCAUGUGCCUAAUGCUUGAAAGGAUUUGUAAUGCAUUUUGUGACUUGGAUGUGGUCUGCACAGAAGCUGCUGGCCCCUCCACAACACAUAAAAUUUUUGUCUUUUUUUAAGAAGUUUAAACUGAAUUUAAUUUACUAAAACUGUAAUUGUGUAGGGGGAAAUGUUUAUACUUUUAUACUUUUUUAGGCACCCAUAUUUUAUCAGCUUAAAUUGAGCACACAGAUUUCCCCAAAUAGUGACAGAUUAUCUUGUGUAUCUGAAAAUAAGCRUAACAAUUGUCUGUGUUAACUGCAUAUUUAAACAUUUCCUCUGCUGCAGUAGUCACUGUGUUUUCAAGCAGUAUGACUCCACCAAAUUCUCUGAGCUCCCCAGCUCAUGGAAUUGCAGCCAGUCGUGUUACUUGUUGUUUUCUUGAUGUGCUCUGCAGAGUAAUUCAGCACUGGUCUAAGUGGAUUGUAAUGCCUGAAAUACCUGUUUGACAGUGAUCCUUCUGAAUCAGCAUUUCUGUUGUCUCUCUUAUUUAAGCCAAAAAGGACAGACUAUUUUAUUUAAUAAAGUGAAAUUUUCCUGAAUGACAUCAGCAAAGCAUGAGUAACAAACUGAGCAAACUGAACAAAUUUAGAAUAUGUAAAAAGAGUGGGUUUUUCUAAGUAUGGAUUUUUUUCCAUUGGAAUAUUUUUGGUUUUAAAACCUGCUUUUAUGAUGAGAUUACCUGCAAUCUAGUUUGCCUUGUAUCCCUACCAUAGCUAAUUUUAGGGAAAUGAGUGUUUAAUAAAUUUUUUGCACUUUGUUUCCAAUACCUCACAAAGAUUUUAAGAAGGAAAGAAAAAAGAGAGAACUUUAGUGGGCAGGUACCUUGUAAAUUAUUUUAAAUAUGCUGUUGUUUGAGACCACCUGACUGAUUACUUUCCUAUUCUUGCUAACGUCAUUAUUGCUUUAAUUUUUGUGAUCAUGGGAGGCUUCAGAUAGACGGAAAUACUAUCAUCACCUUUUUUUCAAGGCACUAAGAAUUUAUCCCUUAAUAAGUUUGGUUUCUUUUYAUUUGACUCUUGCAGUUUCAAAUAAAGUUAGUGGCAGUAACAAGGUAAUUGUAUUUGAGUCCAAUCUGAAUCACCAGGUUUUGUAAACAUUGCUUCAUCUGUUAAGAUCUUGCAGGGUGAAGCAAUGUGCCUCUGUAGUUUAAACCAGAGUCCUUUGUUGUUUCUGCUGUUUGGAGAGCAGCUACCUGAGAGCUGCCUGUGAUUUCAGAGCUGAGGGGUUGGCUACCAGGCUGAAGCUGCAAAGCUCUACCUCAAACCCCUUUGACUUAGCUCUGGAUUUACACAGCUACUCUGUUUUUAAAUCAGAACAGUAUUCCAAGUUAGAACUUUAGAUCCUGAGCUUGAAGCGAUCAUAGCAGAAGGAAUAAAGCAGAAAGGGAGAGAUGCUAAAUUCCUUAAAGGUAUUUACWUGACAAACUUCUUGCAAAACUUGUUUAAAAACAGAGGUUUGAAUUUGCUGUAACAAUUUCUUUCUUUGAGUUAGGAAAGAGCAUAUUGUUGGCCUCAGGUUUUCUCACAAGCUAUUUUCCUUUAUUGGAGAUGACAUUUUUAUAUWACAUGCUUUUGACUUCUUCAAGUGGCAACUGAAGCAAUUUAUCUGCAAUUCUGGGGCCUCAAAGACAUGAAURUCACAUAGCCCCUAAUAACUGUCCAAAUGUAUAAUCUGACUCAGCAGCUCCCAGUCCAAAGGUUACCUGGGAUUUURUCGUACUUACUGUGGGAUUUCCAUGGAUUAUGGUUAACUGCAGGUUUUUUUUUAUCUCACAGUAAUUUGUGUGUCAAAGACUUGAUUGAAUUUAGAAGCUUAUCUUGAUUCUUUACUAAAGUUUCAGUCCUCAGAAUCAUAUACUCAUAAAAUCUGGAAAAUAUACUGUGUUUUUUUCAAACUCAGAUUUCUUGUAAUGAWAGAAGUUCCUUUCAUCUUGCAUUGCAACAUUAGGAAAAAUAUUUCCUAAAAGAUGAAGCUCAGUGAAUCCAUCUGACUUUUGUUUUCAGAUUUUCUUUACAAAAAAGCUGUGUAGCUCCAUUUCUGGCAAUGUGAAGGCACAGUUACGAUUGAUUAGAAACAGGACUAUUUCCUGCAGAUGCCAAAAAUGAAUCAGUCUCCUCYUUUUCUGAGAGAAUCUGUUUGUUGAGGUUUUUUUUCAGGAGAAAAAUGAAAACUUGUGGCAGAUUAAACAAAAGGUAACUUGGUUUCAGGCAUGCAACCGCAGGAACGAGUCUGCUGAGUAGGAUGAUAAUGUUAUCAGAAAAGUGCUUCUCAGAACUCURUUCUGUGAAUGUCUGUGGAGAUUGUUGAGAGUUGUCAAUCUCUUUUUGAGCUGUAGAGAGCUAACACCAGCAAAUCAGCAUGCAUUAAUUAUAAAUUACUGUUUUUAUUAAUAUUACAAAAAUGAACUUGGAGGGCAAAAAUGCAAUAGUAUCUGGCUCARUGGAAUUAAAUAGAACCUGGAUUAUAAUUAUUCAGGUGCACUGGAAUACAUUCCUUGGGAAGUGCUGGGGGAAGAGUGAAAGUGUCCUGGGCUUUUUGAGGAAGAUCAAGAUCAAAUGAAAGAGAGCCUGGAGAUGAAGUCUGGGAUUUUGUUCACUUGGGAUGUGAUAAAAUCAGAAAGUGUCAUUCUYCUGUUUUAUUCUCUCUCUCACCACAUCAGAAGUUUCAAGUUUUUCAAAUUAACUUUUUCAAUCAGCUCUUGAACUGGGGGGCUUUUGAAAAGGGAUGAAUUUUUUUUAUGCCUUUAACAGUGUCUGCUCUCUUAAGACAGUAAGAUUAAAACUUUGGUGAUUGGAGAAGUGUCUUUUCUAACACAAGUUUUGAAAUACAUAAGUCUGAGGAUGCUGCCUGUUACUUCAUUAUAGUCUGGACUGCAGUUAUCCCAGUUUUAAGGACAAUCUUGGGAUCUUACCUGGGUUUUUGUGCAGAAUUAUUGAUUCUUUAAACAGCAUGAAUAUUCAGUUUAAAAAAGAAUGUGGAAGGCUCUCUGAACUCAGUGUCAUGUAAGUUUUCUUUUGUCUCACAAAAUCAGGAGCUGUCUUUAAAGGCUUCUUCAUGAACAGAGGCUUUAAAGGGCUAAAUCUUACUGUUCAGUUUGCCUAAAAGACUGUCAGAAGGAACUCUUUCCAUUUUCAGAGCAGAAGUGCUAAGGGCUAAAAUGCUUUCCAGGGCUAAUUUGAGGUUCCAGAGACAUUUAAAAAACAACUAGUCUUUUUCUUUCAACUCAUGGGCUCUAAAAUAAUUUUUACAAAUGUCUGAACCAAUUGCAGAUGUAAGUGAUCUUAUAUAGCUGGGAUUUUCAGUAUCCAGAUUGGAUAAGAGCACACUAGAGAAGGCAGUACACUUACCUACCCCUUUAUUAUUGCCUUUGCUGGAAUCUAACAACUUUUGUGAACAGCGUUGGCAAUCUUUGAGGAAGAUUCUGCCCCACGAAAUUGUCACAGAAUAUUUUUUUGCAACUUAGUUGACCUUUACUUUAGCAAGGUCURCCAAAGCAUAAACUUUUCAAAAGUUCAGUGAAUAGAUACUGCUGCAAAUACAGCUUUCUGAGCCCAUCAAAGGGUUAUCUUCAGGAUGUUSUGUGUUAAUAACUACUACAAUGAGAGAAACUUUUAAAAAAGUGAUUUUGCUUCUUUGGGGGUGAACGGAAGGGGAAGAGGUUCUUUGGCAAUKCUCUCCUUGCCUUAGAAAGCUGAGCCUAAAUUUUGACCUAAGACCCGUUGUGAUUUUGAGGCCUCCUUAACUGAAAUGUAAAUGUAUUUAUUAUGUACCUGAUUCUUGCUACUUUUGAAGAUUUUCCAAAAUCUUGUGCACAGCUUCCCUCACAUUAACUUGACUCACACAUACGUGCUAGAAUGAAGCAAGUGCGAGGCACUCUGAAAAGGAACGUGUCCAACCUCUACCUGAAACUGAAACAAGAUCACCAAACUCAACAAGUAUCAAGUGGCAGCUUUUUCCACCUGCUUCUGUCCUUAUCCUCACCUCAACCUAGCUAUGAAAAACCUACUUCCUAUGCACUCUUUAGGCUCACCUACCCAAUUCAACAAAUGUUCUUUUUUUUCCUUCAAAUCUCUGGUCUCAAAAUUAGUUGUGCAUCAGCUAUUUGUGCUUAUACCCAAGUGGCCAUACUUGCAACACGUUAUUUCCUGGAUAGUGGAUUAGCAAUAACACUUUAAUUUGUGCCAAUUCAUUAUCUCUGAAGUGUUCUUACUGCAGCAAAAUUUGAGUUUUUAUUUGGUUUUAAUGCAUUUGCAUUAACCAAAACUCAUAGCACAGACACAGACAAGAAACUGAAUUCAGGGGAAUUUCCCUGAAAAAAAAAAUCUACUAGGGCUUCCCAACYAAUUUCAAGGUGGUUACAGUUAACCAUCACUUUCAAAACAAACAUACAAAUAAAAUGUGUGUGGGUAUUUUUUUAACUUCCUUUUCAUAACACUAGUGUAUUGUAAACUGCAUGGAAUAAACCUGGUUUUUCCCUUUUAAA